UUUCAUAUAGUAAUUCUAUUGAACAAAAAAAAGAAGUAAUUCUAUUGUAGACUUGUUUAUAGAAAGAUGAUGCCUUCAAAGUCUCAUUUCGUUGCUCUUUUCUUGAUCAUUUCUCUCAUUGUUAAUGUUCAAUCUAUUCGGAUUAUGAAUGAUUCAGAAGAUUGUAAAUACAAAGGACCAUGUCACAAGAGGGAAGAUUGUUUCCAAAGAUGUGGACUAAAAGCACCUUCUCAUGGUGCUUUGUGUGUACCUUCAGGAAACAAUCUGGAACGUGUAUGUUGUUGUCUUUAUUAAUAUGAAACUGAAUAUGAUUGACAAAGUUCAAUAAGGUUUAAAUAAGAUAUUAUA